UUAAAUCAAGACGGUCUCUGCCUCCGCUCCCGUUUACUGUGUCAAAACAUGCACAAAAUCCGUGUAAUUACGAGUUAUAAACGCCAAACCAGCUGCAGGCACGCUGUUUCACGCCGUAGUAAACAGAAAGAGUGCAAUGGCGCGACAUUUCCGUGGACACAUAAUACUCGCCGUGGUUUCUGCGCUCUCAGAAUCUGUAACCUUAGCAUUAGCAUACCUACGUUUCGCAGAUUUUUGGGAUUGAAUGCAUGAUCGCGAAAGAAACAAAGCUUUCACCACGCGCAUUGUCGUAUUUUACUUUAGUUAGGUGUUUAAAAUAAAUUUGAUCUUACUUAGACGCGUUUACUGGAGCGAGGCCAGACAGUUAGCACGCGUUAGCAUAGAAACACAGUGUUGACAACUUAAAACCCGGAUCGGACAAAGCAAAAACAAGAAAAACGCCGACCUACCUGAUCUAAAUUAUCGUCACUAGCACUAUCGUCUGAGUCUGAGUCAAUCACGACCCGACCUUUCCGCUUCUUUACGUUCACCAUGAUUAGCUGACAGGCUAAACUGCUAGCUACCCCAGUGUCGUCUAAUGUUUGAGGCUAGCUGUUAGCAUCAGCCUCUGCAGCGGCUACACAAAGGCGCUACUGGGCAUGCGCGCUCGACCUGCUGUUUUUGCCCUCUUCUUCUAGUACAGAUUUGCAAAUCAUAACCAGAAAUUUUGCGAAAUGCUGCCAUCUAUUGUGUAAUUGAUCACAAUUAUGCAAGGUUAUUUUUAGUUCUCAUAUAGGCAAAGACCUAAUUUUUCAACUCUUUGAUCUCAGACAUGAACAUCACAAAACCUAUGCAAACCCUGUACGAGAGCUUUGAUAACAGUCUAUCUGAAUUAAAGUUCUUCUAAGAAUACUCCAUGCAUCUAUUUUUUGCUUAUCCAGAACUGGGUUCCUUUCAGAACAAGGACUGAGCAAGAACUGCUGAACUUCACUCACUUCAAACACUCCAACUCCUCCAGGGGAUCAAGGACUUCUCAGGCCGGACAAGAGACAGUCCCUCUGGCAUGUCCUGGAUUUUCGCCGGGGCCUCAUCCACUGGCAUGCGUGGUCGGAACAACUUCCUCGGAAGGUGUCCGGGAGGAUGAAACACCAUCAUGCCUGAGCCACGUCAGCUGGUUCCCCUUGAUUUGGCUCUACUCUGUCUGGAACCUUAUCAUUUCGAUUAUAUGGCCAUGCAGAUAUGCAAUAUUAUGUUCAUAUAAUAUUAACCAAAAACUAUUAUGAAAAAUUUAAAAUCUUAAUAGCUUUGAAAUACAUUAGUGUGCAGAUGUUUUCUUUUCCAUCUUUGAAUGAAAUAUUUGUUUUUCCCCUCAGUCCUCUGCUGGAUGUGGGAUGCUGUCAGCGUCACUCCUGAUACACGCAUGCGCAGUGGCUCCUCCUGGUCAGCCGCGCAGCGCUCCUUCAGAAUGGCGGCUCUUUUGGAAUCAGUUCUGCUCAACAAAGUGGGCAUAAACGUGGUCUUGGACUGGCUCAAAAACAACGAAGAAGGAGACAAGCUGCCUAUUAUCUACAAUGACGUUGCUGUUCAUAAACAAGAAUUCAUCCCUUUUUUAUUGAACUUUCUGAGAGAGCAAAGCAGCCAAGCACUUACCCAUGGCCCAGCUACUCCAGCCAAAACACCCAGCCGCUCCCGGCCUCCCGUACAGUCUCAGAGCUUCACAGAGCGGAGAGGUGCCCGGUCUGCAGGUGGAGGUGGUUCACGAAAUGCCAGUCGUGUCCAGUUGUUUUCCCCUGCUCUCUCCAUAUCUCCAGGAGGUGAUACAGAUGCCAUGGGACAGUCAGGGUCACACUGUUUAAGCGGUGUUAGUGACUUUAGUAGCCCCUCUUUCACUACGGGUUGGAGUCCAGCCUCAAGGCCCUCUGGUUCAGAACGCCGCCCCCCACAGAGAAUGAGUUUGGGGGAUUUUAUGGUUUCACCAUCUGAGCAUCAACACAGCCCUAAUUUGCAGUCACAGAAAGCGAGGAAAAGGAGUGGUGGCAUAGCAGCGGGACAAGGCAGAUAUGGGCGCGGGGGUGGAGUAGGACAAAGCGAUGACACUGGGAGAUGGGACAGUGGAGGGCGGAGGUCUGGCAGAGGAGGAGCAGGAGGAGGCAGCCACGCAAGGAUCCAUGUAUCACCUCCCACUGUGGGACAACUGAACUUCAACUUGGAUGAUUUCCCUCCCAUCGGGUCAUCACCAGUUUCACCCGCUUCAAAGCCAUCUAGAAGAAUAAACCCAACACCAGUGAGUGCCGAGCGACCCCAAUCCAAACCAAAGACAUGCUUCACCUCAACGCCUUUUAGUAAAACCUCUAGUUCCCCGACAGAGGCUCCGGAGAGGUCUAUGGCAGCAGGCAGUCCACUGAGCCUUCAGGAGGAGAGAGAGCUACUAAAGAGGGAGAAGACAAAGCGUGCCCAACUGGUCCCUGCCCCUCUGUCGUUGGAUCCCAUCACCCCAACCAAAUCUGGACUGAGGAAUGGGUCUGGGUCCAAAGUUACUCCUGAACUACAAACACCGAAUCCUGAACCAUCCAAAGUCACUUACAGCACAGAACUGGACCUCUUAGCUGAGCUCUACUGUACCUGCAUCUCUGAAAACUUGGUACCAAAUAUUUUCCUGGAGCUGUUUUUUGUGGUGCAGUUGUUGACAUCACGCUCAACUCAUAACCAUGACGAUGAACAGGAUAGUUUGUGUGCAAUGAAUACAGAUAUUUUGGAAAGAUGUUAUCUAAAACAAGUUCACAACUGUGUGUAUUUUGCUGUAAAAGUAUUAGAAAUUCAAUUCAAUUUGGUAGUGCACUUGGACAAAUGCACGUUGCGUUUGCUGGCAGAAAAUGAAAGGGUUGCAUCUUUCUCUCUGGACCUCAGGGACCGACUCACACAGGCCCAGGACAAAAGUACAGCUAAGCUUUCUCCUUCAGUGUCCACCUUCAUCCACUCAGUCCCAUUUGAACCUGCAACAGACAAUCGCUCCAACUUUGGCAGUGACAAAGCUUUUCAUACAUUUAAAAAACAAAGAGAUAUGUUUUAUGAAAUCCUUCGAGAAUGGGAGGACUUUCACAAAGAGCCUGGCUGGAGCUUUGAAGCUGCUCUUGGGAAUCGUAUCAGGGGAAUGAUGAAUCAGUUGAAUUCUGCAGGGACCCACUCGCACUUUGCUCGCCUUUUCCUCAAGCAACUUAUUCAGAUGUGUAAGGGCCCGCGUGGAAACUGUUCCUCCGGCGACACCCCUGAUGCAGACCUGCUGGGCAUGCUGGGAGCUGACAGCCUGGGGAGACUGAAGCGGCUGGCAGAGCGUCUGGUCCAGCCCCAAACUGUGAGUGGGCCCUGUUCCCCUCCGUCAUUUCCAGGGCAUCAGGAAUUCUUCAGGGAUUUUCUUCAGACGGCCAGCUGCUGUCAGCUUAACCAGCACCUUCAGGACAGCCUGUGUCAGCAGUUGCUGCAGUUAGAUGAGGUGUCUAUACUGAGUCCUCCAGUGUCGAGCGAAGUAGAGGAAGAGGAGGAGGAGGAGGAGGGAGACAUGGAGCAACAGGAUGAGAAGCAGAGGUUCAGCUCCGUGUUGCUCCUUGCUCGUCUUCUGGCAAAAUUUCUUGGAUUCAUCGCCUUUUUGCCUUAUCAAAUAUCCGAGAAGCCGUCCAGAGAGAUACAGGAGACAGCCAUUGCACUCCGCAGCAAAAGUGUCCCAGCCCUGGAUGUGUAUGCCUUGCUCAGUAAUAGCAUAAGGAGGAAACGCACCAUUCUGACUGUCCCGUGGCUUGUGGAGUUUCUGUCCAUGUUAGACUUUGUGGGCCCUCUGCUCCUUUGCUUUAGGAAAGUUCUGGGCACAUUGCUUCUUUUAUACAGGAGAAUGCUGCUUGGAAAAAGUGGGGAAGUGUGUUACUUGAAUAAGCUGCUGUUGGUGUCUGUGUUGGGGUGGCUAUUCCAAAUCCCAGUUAUCCCAGAAGACAUUUUCUUCACUAAUGAGUUUACUGAAGUGGCCCAUUUGGAUAGCAGUUCCCCAAGUGCACAAGGGCUUGACUGUAUUCCAUUGGUGAACCAUCAGCUGCUGUAUACAUGUUGUCCAUUCCUUGGUGAAUUUCGUAAACUACUAGCUGCCUUUGUCUCUGGAAGCACAGCCAAAAGUGGAGGAAUUAUACGAAAAAUCACCCCAACUUCAGCAGAGCCUCGAAACACUGCAAUUGCGCACAGGUCCCAACAAAAACUACUGCUGGACCUUGAGCAAGCCUUCUUCCACAACCAGCCUCCAUCUCUACGCCGCACGGUGGAGUUUGUAGCCGAGAGGGUUGGAUCUAAUGCAGUCAAGCAUAUGAAAGCGACGCUGGUGAGGGAGCUGGUGGAGAGGGGGGAGAGAAUGCUCAAAGAUGGACUUCAGUCUCCGAACUCAAGUGCGUCAAAACUGAAUGACUCCAUCUGUGCUCAGCUGUGUGAGGCCGGACUGGAGGCUUUGGAGAGAGCCACCAGAUUUUGCUCUGAAAAAAGUCCUGAAGCCAUAAGAAUCCUUUUGCCAGAGGAGACGUCUCCUGCUGUCUUUGCCACAUCUGAAAGCAUCACCAAACGACUCGCGACAGAAAAGGCCUGCAGCUGGCUGGCGGCCAAUAUCACAGCUCUCAUAAGGCGGGAGUGGAAGAGUAAAUAUGAUCGUGUGGUGAAAGCCCUCAGUUCAGACAGUGGAGAUGUGGAUUCUGCUGCAGAUGAUCUGGUCUCGCAGGGAAAACUCAUGACUCCCAAAAGAAAACAAGCAAAUGAAAGAAUGGCCACCUGCCCUCCCCACUGCACACACAACGUCUCUCUGCCAUCAGAUGUUAUGAUAGAAAUAAAGGAGUGGUUGAGCAUCGCAGUGGGUCCCAGGACUGAUGCGGAGCUGCCAACUUCUCCUCAGCUUUUGACUCUUCUAAACAAAGUUGGAGAGACACUUGGAUGCAAAAAGUUCUCCACGGCGGUGUCAGAACAGAUGUUGCUGAACUCUACAGUCGUCUUGGCCUGCAAACUGGGUUUGUCCCCUUGUGCAGUCUCCUCUGAGCUGCCUGUCCUCCCAGCCCCUCUGGACUCUGGCCCAGGUCCUGGUUCAGGGUCAGAGCCUCCUGUCAGGGCCCUGCUGGAGCGUCUAGGUGAACUGUGGGCGCAGGACGGGUGCUCCUCCGCCCCUCACCACCUGCUCUUCUCCCCCCUCACUGUCAGCACUGUGCUCCAGGCCUCUGACACACAGUGGAACAACUACUUAUUUCUGGUCCAAAAUCUUGUUGACCGAGGGAUUUUGAGUGAAGAGGAGGUGCUUUCUCAUUGGAAGAAGCUCACAGACCUUGCCUUGCCAACUGAGCUGAUGGAGAAAUUUCAGCUGCAAUGUCAAAGUGUGAAGCAAUCUUCCUCACUGUCAGAGCUGCAGGGCCACAUGGACAUGCUGCAGGUCUCUCAUCAGGCAGUAGAGGGCGCUACAUGACAACAAUAAUACUACCUAACGCCACAGAGGAUCUUAAGUCACUAUGUUUUUGGACUAUAGAUUUUGUGUCCACUUGUUUUAUUGAAACUAAAACCAAACCUCUUCAGUAAGCUAUUCCCCCACACUUCACACCAGCCUUUUUCCAAUCAUGCCACUGGGGACCAUAACAAGCAUUUAGUCAUUGUCAACAUGUUAAGAAGUCAGUGUUAGGGCUAGAAGGGCAAUGUUAAUGUGGCAUUUGUAUUGUUAAAUCUAAAAAGUUUGUUUAUCUAUUUGUUUUUAUAUUUUAUAGGCUAUACAGCAUUUCAAAAGACAAGCCACAGAGAAGAAAUUUGGUGUGUUAAAUGUAAAAUAAUUUAGUUAUAUUUUAAAGACGAGAGAUGAUUUUAGUAAAAGCACUUUUCACUCACUGCCUUUGGCCGAUGCCACUUGUUAAUGAUGCACAUUUCAUGAAUGUGAGAUUUUGCAUUUGUGAUGUUUUCUGUUCAUGUUGAACAAGCUCUGAAUGUGUCUGUGGCUUUUAAUAAUUGUAAUAUUUUAUAUGUCUCAGAUGUUAACGUUAUAAUAAUAAAGACUUAAGUAAGAGAA